CCGCCCCUCAGGUACGUGGUCCUGGAUCUCAUGGAAAGCGACCUGCACCAGAUCAUCCACUCCCAGCAGCCCCUGAGCCACGAGCACGCCCGCUACUUCCUGUACCAACUCUUGAGAGGCCUCAAAUACAUCCACUCCGCCAACGUGAUCCACCGCGACCUCAAACCCUCCAACCUGCUGGUCAACGAAAACUGUGAGCUGAAGAUUGGGGACUUCGGCAUGGCCAGGGGCCUGUGCACGCAGCCGGACGAAUUCAAGUACUUCAUGACCGAGUACGUGGCCACCAGGUGGUACCGAGCCCCGGAACUGAUGCUGUCUCUGCACAAGUACACCCAGGCGAUCGACAUGUGGUCCGUUGGGUGUAUAUUUGCGGAGAUGCUGGGUAGGCGACAGCUUUUCCCCGGGAAGAAUUACAUCCAUCAGCUGCAGCUCAUCAUGUCCGUGUUGGGAACCCCCUCUGACGAGGUGAUCCUGUCGAUCGGAGCAGAGAGGGUGCGUUCCUACAUCCAGAGCAUCCCCUCCCGGGACCCCCUGCCCUGGGACCAGGUCUUCAAGGGGGCAGACAGCGCCGCUCUGGACCUGCUGGACCACAUGCUGAAGUUUGACCCUGCGGAGCGUGUCUCUGUAGCUCAGGCGCUGUGCCACCCCUUCCUGAGCAAGUACCAUGACCCGGAGGAUGAGCCCGGCUGUGUGCCCGCCUUCGACUUCCACUUCGACAAGCAGGUGUUGACUAAAGACCAGAUCAAAUCAGCUAUCUUAGAAGAGAUCGAGGAUUUCCACCAGAAAAAGAGAAGGCAUACACCGGCGAAUCAACUUCAAGCCUUUCCUAAGGCCCGCCCCCAGCAGCCAGCCUCAGACUCAGCAAGCCACGCCCCUCCAGCCCCUGCCGGUUGCCAUGACGUCGACAUGCCCAGCGCCAGUUCGGAUUGCGGCCAGUUGGAAACCAUCGAUUUGACUUCACCAGCAGGGGAGGAGGAGGAGGAGGGGCCUGAGCUGGCCACUGCCGGCGUUCCGGCUCCGCCCCCUGUCCCGGUUCAGGUUCCGGCUCCUCCCCCGGGUUCCGGGGUCUCCAGGCAACCCCCCGAAGAGGCGGAGCAGCAGAGGGGCAAAGCUGUGAAGGCAGAAACAGACCCCGCCCCUAAAAGGGAGGGCGCGAUUUCUGACGACACAAAAGCAGCACUCAAGGCAGCUCUACUGAAGUCUGCACUGCGGCAGAAAAUUAAAGACGGAGGCGUCGUUGCAGGGGGGGUGCUGGGGCCUGGAGGCUGUUGCAUUGUGGGGGGAGGAGGAGGAGGAGGAGGAACCCUGGGGGGGGCGAGUGGACCCCGCAAGCCGGUCACAGCCCAGGAGCGCCAGCGAGAGAGAGAGGAGAAGAGGCGCAGGAGGCAGGAGCGAGCGAGGGAGCGGGAGAGGAGGCAGAAGGAGAGGGAGAGGAAGGAGGGCGGGGGGAGGAGGGCAGGAGGGGACAGCCUGGGGGGUGUGAUCCUGAGCGAGGACGACAGGAACCUGCUGGAACGCUGGCGCAAGAUGAUGGACGGCAGCAGCCGAGAGCAAGGGGGCGGGGCCAAGGAACCCAAGGGGGCGGCGGCUGCCCCUCCCAGCAACCCGCAGGCCACGCCCACUCCGGUAUCGGCCAAUCAGGAGCUCCUGGAGCUGCAGGGAUUGCUAGGCAACGGGGUUCUGUUGGCGAAACCAGCUAGGCUCAGCGUUAUGGGCUUCCAGGAGAAGCUGCCAACAGCAGCAGGCCCCGGGUUAAGCCUGGGGGCUGGAGUUUCGACGCUGCCCAUGACCAGCGCACUGAACUCAGGGCAGCCCGGCCACCGUGCAGCCCCCCGAACCUCCGACCCAGAAUCUGGUACACUAUUUUCCCUCCCAAGCUCCGCAGAGCCCAGCAGGGGCAGCUCAACCUGGGCAUGUUUACUGGGGAAAAACCCCAGGCUUGGCAGCGAGGGAAGGCCUGGGGUUGGGAAACGCGGUUGGGACGGGGUUUUUGAACCGGCAACGCCCCUAAAUUUCCCCCCCCGGGGUUCUCCAGCACACCCCAGGCCUCGGUUAAGCUCUCCCAGCCUCACGCCAACGCCGGCUCCUUGCUGGGGCCUCAACAGCGCCACCUGUUGGCUGUUUUCCUCGACAGACGUGCCCCACGCCAGCUCUCCAGACAUCCACACCGUCACGCUGCAGCUGUCCAAGUCACAGGUUGAAGACUUGCUGCCCCCCGUUUUCUCGGUGACCCCCAAAGGCAGCGGGCGAGGGUACGGAGUGGGGUUCGAUCUGGAAGAAUUCCUCAACCAGUCCUUCGAAAUGGUCUCAGAGAAUCGAGACAGCCAUUCUGACUCCGCCCCUCUCUCCGCCUCCCUGCUUGCUGAUUGGCUGGAAGUGCACAGAAUGAAUCCGGCCGACAUGGAAUCUCUGCAACAGGAACUGCCUGGCUCUCCCAUGAUCCUCUCUGAUAUUCCAGAUCUCCAAGACUCCUGAUUGGGCCGCAGCAGGGAAGAGGGCGGGGCUUUUUCAGAACUUUCAAACCAUGCUGAAUGAAUGAAUUAACGAAUGACUGAUUAAGUGAAUACGCCAACUAUAAAAUAGCGAUAUUCUCUUUGUUUGUUUUAUAAGUAAGGACAGAAUCAUGACAUUGAAAAAUAUACUGUACUAACUUGUAAUAAAGUUCCAAUUAAUUCAAUUGA